UGUGGAGGAUUGGCUGUUUUAAGUUUUGCCUUUUACAGACAGCCGAUAAAAUAGUUGGAUGACGUCAUACAUAUUUCCCCAGCCAGCUUGAAAAUACACAGGAGCUUCACUAGGGUCAGUCGGCUGGCAAGAUGAACCACUUCUCCAGGACUGGUACAAUCAACCAUCUCGUCAAGCGAACCAAACAAGCCUAUCAUCCGACUUGCUAUCCGACUCAGGCGCGUACAGGCGGUCGUCUGAUUGACCACCAUCGUCCGUUCCAUUCGAUCCUUGCAAGUGGUAGUAGUACUCCAUCGGGAGAAGUAGUACCAAUCCGAAUCCGAGCAGGAAUCAUAACUCUAUCAUCAUCAAUCACAAAGAGAAAGAUGACGAGUGGAGCCGAUGAGAAGAAGCAGCUCAGUUUCCCGGUCACGCCGUAUCCGAAAGCGAACCCUCAAGAAAAGAUCGUCCGGACGGCGGCGUGUGUGAUCAUUGGGGACGAGAUCCUGAGCGGGAAGACGCUGGACACGAAUUCGAAUCAGUUUGCAUCGUUAGCCUUCAGACUGGGCAUCAAUCUGAAGAGGAUCGAGGUCGUGCCGGACGAGGAAGAUGUGAUCAUCAGCACGAUCAGACGGCUCUGUGAACCCGAGAAUCAAGUGGAUAUGAUCAUUACUAGUGGGGGGAUCGGGCCGACUCAUGAUGAUAUCACAUAUCAAUCACUAGCCAAGGUGUUUGAUCCCCAAGGAGAACUGGAGUACGACCAAGAGACGAUCCGAAGGAUGGACGAAUACAACGCCCGACGAUCGGACACGAAGACGAAGAAUGAGGAGCAAAGAAAGGCUCGGCACAGGAUGGCCUUAUUCCCGAAAAAGCACGCCAAGGUCUUGUUUGUUGAGGCCCAUCUGUGGGUCCCUGUCGUCUGUCUCCGCGACAAAAUCUUCAUCCUUCCCGGAAUCCCCAGUCUGUUCCAACAACUCUUGCAAGCUCUUAUGUGUAAUUACAUCUCUCUGCCUCCGGAGACUGAUAAACCGCAUCGAGUGAUCAUCCAAACCAAACUUCCCGAAUCAAUCAUUGCACCUACCUUGACCCGGCUCUCAAAGCAACUCAAGGACGAAAAACAAGACAUCAAGCUCGGCUCUUAUCCUAACUUAAUCACCGGGAUCGUCAGUAUCUCGUUGAUUGGCAUCGACCUCGAGAAACUUAACUCAUUUGCUCAGCUUAUUCAACUCGAAUUUGAUACCCUUUCUUCUUCUUCUGAUUCUUCUAAAUCUAAUCUUAGUAAUAAUAGUGAAAACAAGUUAUAGAGUCCUUUUUUUACAUUUGUAUCAUUAUUAAAGCAUUCAUAAUAAUUGGGGUUUUCAACAUAAAAAGAAGAACAACAGUCUUAGAGAUGAUAGCCAGGACCUGAUUACUUCGGACAUACCAGGCUUACUUUUGAGUGCAAGAAGUUAUAUUUCCAGCAAUAGACCAAUCUGAUUGACUGUAAUAAAAACUUGUCCAGAUUCAACCACUAGACAUAUUGUGUUAUGAAGAAAGCUUGGACCAAUUUCAAAGUUUGCUGUUCC